UUAUUUUCACUUUAACUUCACUACGAAUAUGAACAAAAUAGCAAAAUAAUCGCAUUCCGCCGUUUUUUCCCUUGUUUAUCUUUUAAUUGAUGAAAUUAGAACAACUUGCAAUUAUCGUUGGCUGUAGUAAGAAAUUGAAAAUCACACUUCUUAUCAAAACGAAUGAAAACUAAAAAACACAAAACACAAAUUAUUUUUAUCGGAGGGACACGUAGCCUUAGUUACAUUAAGUCAAAUCUCCAAUAAAAUUGUAUAUUUUGUGAUUUAUCAUUUUACUAUAAUAAUAAAAAUCAAUUAACGUUUACACAAUAAAUUUUUGGAAAUAAAAAUAAUAAAAUAAUCUAAAUUGCAACAUGACGACAUCGGAGUCGGAGCCUCAUAGAAUACUCGAUCGGCCAACUGUAGCUACAGAUUUUCUAGAGAAAAUUCAUUGUCUGAAGCAUCUUCUGACUAGGGACCUGAUUGCUUGUGAUGCUAAAUGGACUAUCUUUGUUUCGGCGGCAUUGAGUUAUCGUUUUGAGUCACAGCUCAAACCAUUCCCACCAAGAUUUGAAAAUGAACAAGGAGGCUGUAAUAUAGAAACUUUGGUGGUUAUUAUCAACGAAACUCCAAAGCUUAAGAUUUUACUCAAAAACAUAGUUGACGAAAACUAUGAUGAGCUGGACACCGAAGUUGUGGACUUAAUUUAUUGGGUACUUGUUACUUUAAGGGAUCCAUAUGUAAGGAGCGUUGACAGUGAAGAGUAUGAAAGUAUUAUGUCGAAAAUUCCUCAAAAAAACGACGCAAUUUGUCCUAGUCACAUAUUUGCCCUUUGUCCAACAACCAAUUCAAAAUCCGAAGAAGUCUUCCAGAAAGAAAAAGAAAAUUAUUCAAGUAAAUUUGCUUUUCACGGUAGUAAAUUAGAUAGUUUCUAUUCGAUAAUUACUCACGGAUUACAUCAACACAUGUGCAAGAACGGUUUAUUUGGCGAUGGCGUUUACUUAUCAUCAGAAUUAUCUGUAAGCAUGGGCUAUAGUCCAUACGGUGCUGGUUGGGGUGCUUCAAGUUGUGGUGCUAUGAUAUCAUGUGUUGCUCUUUGUGAGUAUGUUGAGAAUCCAAAUCAUGUAAAAUUUAAAAAAGAUGAAAAACACAAAACUGAUAUUCCCAAUACUUACAUUGUGAUAACAAACAACGAUGUUGUAAGAGUGAGAUAUCUCCUGUUUUAUGGUCGAGAGUUUCCUGAUGAAAAUAGUGCACGUAGUGUUGUUGUUGAUUGGGUUAGUCGAAAUCGUUAUACCCUCUCACUUGUGUGCUACACCUUGUUCCUGGCAUCAAUUGGUCUUGCAAACAGUGGAAAUGGAUUAUAUUUAAAACAUGUGAUAGCUAAAAACACAAAAUACGCUCUGGGAGUUCUUAAAAAAUUAUUAUUAGGCUACACUUAGCAUUAAAAAUUAAUGCAUCGUUUUCCACGGUGCGAAGGUGUGUGUUUAGUCAGUUUAUCUUUUCAUACUGAAGAUUUCUUAGUCAAAUUUAAUACACAUAAUAAAAACAUGCAAAAACAUAAUAAAUAUUUUAUUUUAUAAAUAAAAGAAAUUUAAGAAAAAUUCUAA